ACAAGACCACUCUUGAGUUCCUCAUUUCUAGACUUGCAGAGACAGGACACAGCCCUUCGCUUUCUUUCCUGGUCUUUUUCUCUUUUUGAGAGCUCUGUGGAUAGAUUCAGGAUAGCGGUUUAUCCAGUAUGUUUUUCUAUGAAAUAGCAGUCAUCCGUGGGAGAGAGAAGCACUAAGGAAAUCCAAUAUCUCCUGGUCACUGGGACAGAAUAUGGAAAUGUCAUUGGUUUUCUUCUCUCAAUUAAAUAUGUGUGAAUCGAAAGAGAAAACAUUUUUCAAACUAAUGCAUGGGUCAGGAAAAGAAGAAACAAGCAUUGACGCCAAACUCAGAGCUAAAGAGAAAAGGAAUAGACUAAGUCUUCUCCUACAGAGGCCUGACUUCCAUGGAGAGACUCAUGCCAGUAGAUCUGCCCUCUUGGCCAAAGAAACAAGAGUCUCCCCUGGAGAAGCGGUGAAAUGGGCUGAAUCAUUUGACAAGCUGCUGUCUCAUAGAGAUGGAGUGGAUGCUUUUACCAGAUUUCUUAAAACUGAAUUCAGUGAGGAAAACAUUGAAUUUUGGUUUGCCUGUGAAGACUUCAAGAAAUGCAAAGAACCUCAACAAAUCAUCCUAAAAGCAAAGGCAAUAUAUGAGAAAUUCAUUCAGAAUGAUGCCCCCAAAGAGGUUAACCUUGAUUUUAAUACUAAAGAAGUAAUUGCUAAGAGUAUCACCCAGCCCACUCUCCACAGUUUUGAUGCAGCACAAAGCAGAGUGUAUCAGCUCAUGGAACAUGACAGUUAUAAACGCUUUUUGAAAUCUGAGAUCUACUUACAUGUGAUAGAAGGAAGACCUCAGAGACCAACAAAUCUUAGGAGACGAUCACGGUCAUUUACCUACAAUGAGUUCCAAGAUGUAAAAGCAGAUGUUGCCAUUUGGUUAUGAGUAAAAAUCAUUUUUCUUCUUUUGAUGGUGUGUAUGAAUAUUUGCUUCUAAAAUAUAGCUUGCGUAUAAUAAGAAAUUAUUUCACUUUUAAAGUACACCAGGCAAAUUUUUUAAAUGUAAGAACUUUUAUAUUGUACUAAAAUAACUCAUCAUCUAUCUUCCAAAAUAUUUUAUUAAAAUCUAUCUGAUAUUCUAUUCAUAAUAAAAAAAUCUUUAUUUCUGCAAUAACAAUAUAAAGAAGCUUUGUAAAUUGUUAAGGCAAAAUAAAAACUGUAAUUUGAAUUAUAUUUGUAAGCAAAAACAAUGUAUUUAGAUAACUGUAUGUACAGAUGAUAUUUUACAUAAUAUUGGAUUGGAACAUAUGGAAAUGCCCCAUUUUUUAUAAUGGGUAAGGAUGGACAAUUGUUGUUGCAUACUAAUUCUGACUACGGAUUAGCUGUUUAUCACUUCCAUUUUUAACCCCCAAAAAAGAAAUAUUGUAAAGAUGCAUGUCUCUCUACAUGUUAAUGGGUUAAUCCUAAUCCAGGUAGAUAUCUGAGACUUCACUCUGCAGUCAUAUGUACUCUGAUGGACAUUCCCCAUUAGACAAAGCAACACUUUUAUUCACAGGAGUGUGCUGAUGUUGCAUAUCUCUACAUAUCCAUGGAGUAAACCACCUUCUCGCCCAGUAAAUAAAUGUGCCACUGAAAUAACACCAACCACUGCUUGAAUGAUGAAGAUGGCAUUCUUUCACACAAGCAUUUAUGAUUCGCAUUUGUAAUUUUAAUGUUGGUGUGGAAGUUCAAACUGAGAGGUGGUGAAAAGCUAAAUCCACCUUUGACAACUUUGAUAUCAGCAAACUCUGUUCUCUCAUUAUGUUCUUUCAAUUCUUGCCUAAUUCUAUAUUAUGCAGUAAGAUUAUACUAAUAAAUAUAUAUCUGUAUUACAGAAAUGCUUAAUUGCCAUGCUUUAUGAUGUCUAUAAAUGUCUGUUAAAGAUGACAUUCAAAUUAGUAAAUGUUCUUUUCUUCAUAGAAGUGUAUAACAAAUUUAACAUCUACAAUAAUAAACCGUUCAAACUUA